AUGAAAUUUUUAAAAGCUGAGGAGUUAUUUUCUAUAAAUGAAGAGGGAAAAGGCAAAGGAAAUGCACUAUUAAUAACCGUUAACCUGCUAUUGUUGUUUUCCAUGCUUUUGUAUGGUGUAAAUUAUAUACUAAUGAAAUAUUUUAUAUUGAUAAAUGGAUCGAUUUAUAUUUUUAUUAUUUUAAGAACAGUUCUUACCAUGCCACUCAUGAUUUACAUAUGCAUAUCUCAAAAAUCGGAACCUAAAAAAAAAAAAUUAUUGCAUGAUAUGAAUAUAACAGGACAAAAAGAAAGUACUGCGCAGGGAGAGUUAGGAUUAAAAGUGGAAAAUGAGGAGUUUGAAAAGACCUACAACAAUAAGCACAAGGACAGUAAUAGUAACGAUAAAAAAAAAAAAAAGAAAAAGAAGAAAAACAACAAUAAAAAUAAUGGCGAUGAAAGUAACAACUUGAUGGACUCUGGUUACGGCAAUGACAAGGACGAUAAAUGUAACGAUGCAUAUGAAACUCGGCUCAAUAUAGAAAGUGCAGGUAUUAACUAUUUAGGCAGAUUAUUUAAAAAUGAUGAGAAAUUAAUACCCAAAAUUGCCUAUAUGCCAAUAAUUAUAUUAUCAGUAACAGGGGCUAUAAGGCAGGCUAUAGUAAUAAUAGCGUUGCAAUAUACAGAUUCUCAUAAUGUUGCUAUAAUUCAACCAACUAUCCCAAUUUUUACAGCCAUAUUGUCCUAUUAUAUGAAAAUAGAAGAGAUGAACUAUAUAACAUUUGUGUCCAUAUUUUUAUCAUUUUUUGGUUUAGCUAUAACAGCUGAGAUAUGGAAUCUAGGUACAUUUGAUUUUGGUUUUCUAUUAUUAUUAGCUGUACCUGUAACCAAGGGGUUACAAGUUAUAUAUAUUAAUAUAAGUACUAGAUAUGUAAGUAACGAUAUAAUACUAUUUGCUCAAAUGGCAGUGUUAUUUUUAAUAACCUUACCAUUUGGAAUAUUAGGUGAAAUUUUUAUUAAUAAAAAUUAUAAUGUUGUAAGAGAAAUAUAUGAUUUAACUACUAACCAAUUUCUUUGUAUUCUUUAUUCAACUAUUGCUAUUAUAUUUGUUUGCUGGAAAAUUCAAAUUAUUGCUUUAAAUCAUUUAACACCAAUAACUGUUUCGUUAUAUCAGUCUUUUCAGCCCUGUUUUACUUUCAUAUUAGCAAAGCUUUUACUAAAUGAAACUAUAAAUUAUAACAAGUACAUAGGAACUCUUUUCAUUAUUAUAUCCUUGUUUUUGUAUCAGUACGGUUGCAGCAAGCGUGUAAAGGUGUAA